UCCGCCUCUACUCUAACUCAUCUUCCUCCUCUCCGUCGGCCGGCCGCCGCGCACACGGAAGGACGCCAGGCAGGCAGAUCGCCCUUAAUGUCUUCCUCCGCCUUGAGGGCGGCCGCGCACAAGGCGGCUCGCAAGCAGGCGGUCUCCUUGACGGACGCCGCCGCGUCCCGAAUUCGCCAGCUCCUCACCCUCCGCCACAAGCCCUACCUGCGCCUCGGCGUCAAGGCACGCGGCUGCAACGGCCUCUCCUACACCCUCAACUACGCCGAUGACAAAGGCAAGUUUGACGAGGUUGUCGAAGACAAAGGGGUUAAAGUACUAAUUUACCCCAAGGCUCUGAUGCAUGUGAUUGGCACCAAGAUGGAUUAUGUUGAUGACACACUAAGGUCUGAGUUUGUGUUCAUAAAUCCAAAUUCCAAAGGGGAGUGCGGUUGUGGUGAAUCUUUCAUGACUACAAGCAGCAAGGGAUCUACAUCUUGAAUAGCUCUGUGCUAGUGUGUGAGUUAAACAGAGCAAAAUAUGCAGAGGCUUCAGCUACUAGUAUUCUGCUUUACGGCUUAUUGCGUUGGAAGAACAUAGCAGUAGCAUAACAGUGGUUGUAAUAGAUGCAGCAAAUCAAACUGUACGAACUCACCCCAACUGUCUUCCUACAUGGGGGUCAUGUGUUCAUGGCUUUUAUUGUUUGUUGAAACUUGAAACUCGAUUAAUGAAACAAACGAACCAUGUUUUGUUCAGACACA